GCGACAACAAGGAGGCUCGUAACUUCCCAGACUGUCGUCGUACCCAGACACAUUAUGGCUGCUGUGAAGACAAGUUGUUCGGGGAUUCUGCGCACUCUGUGAAAUGACGCGGUCACGAUGCUGUUCAAUGUCCUGUGUAUUCUUAUCGCCGCCCAAGUCCCGUCUGUCCCAGGACUGUCUGAGGUGCCACCAGCACCGCCACAGAACGUCCAUGUUGACAACUGGCUGCUGACAUGGCCUCCUGCCCCCGAGGACGGAAACGUCACCUACACCGUUCAGUACAGCAGCUUUGACAGCGCUGUGUGGACGGAUGUACCAGCAUGUGUCCACAUAUCUUCGAAUUCCUGUUCUGUUAUUUCCACCAAAGCGAAGGGCAAGCACGGCUGCGUUAUGCUCCGUGUGCAAGCGGAGAGACGGGGUCUGACCUCGAGACCAGUCAAAGCCUGUAGCCGACACGGUGACUCGUGUACGCCAGACUUCAGUCUGACUGCAGGUGCAAAGCCGGGCUCCCUGACUGUACUUCUGCGUAGGAACCACAGUCUGGCUCAGGAACAUGGAGACCACGCUCGACACCGGGUCUAUUAUGGCAAGGAGGGAGAACCCCGGCAGGAGUACGUAGAUGCUGUGUCCUCGGUGACCAUCCCUGCGCUGCAGGUGGGACAGCGGUACUGUGCAGAGGUGCAGUACCUUUACUUCAGUACGCCCGUCGGACUGGGCGCCUGUGCUCAGUGUGAGCUCAUCCCUGAGGCCGGAGAAGACUCCAAACAGUCAGAGAUCAUAGCAGCUGUGGUGCCUGUCGUCGUGGUCCUGUUCAUUCUGAUACCUGUGGGAGCGUACUUCCUCAUCUUCCAGCGUGGGACAAUCAAACAGUGGCUGCGUCCUCCGUACCAGAUCCCAGAAGACUUCUUGCUUGAUCGAUUUCCAGAGAAUCUUCCCGUCUCCAGCAGCAGCCCCACAGAGGAGCACUGCCUUGUCAUCACUUCCUUCUCCCCAGAGGAGCUCAGCAAAUGAGAGCAGCCGCCCUCCACCUGCUUCUGCACUACACCGCCUCUCUGUGGCCUUCGUACUCUGCUGUGUGGGAUCAGACCUGACCAUUGAACUGUUGGGAGACUGUCCUGAGCCCACAUAUUUAUAUCUGGCCUGCUUCUCCCUGCAGCCAGACCUUCUGCUGAUAUGGAUUUAGGUGACAUAAACUUCAUUGCUGGGAUGAGGGAGAGAAAAGGGAGAACCACUCUCAGCCCACUGGAGAUAAGCUCCACACGGUGUGUUAUCCCCGCUCUCUCUCUCAUUGGGUGUAAUAUAGGAAAUUACAAGCAAAAUGUAACAAACGCCAAAGUUGAGGAAGAUUUUCAGAUUCACAGAAAUGUGUACGCCAAAAUGAGCAAACAACCUAGAUUUGCAUUUCUGCACCAUUUCUAUGAGCAUCCGUCUGUGAGAUACUUCUGAAGUGAGCACAUUGCCUUGUCGACCGAUGGACAGCCCAUGAUAAACAGUUAAACCCACAAGCAGACUGCAAUCAGGACCAGUGCCACAUGUACGUCUACGUGACACUAGUUGUAGUUAAGGUCACCACAGCAGAGAACUUUACUGAUUCCUUACAAAGAUCACAUAGUGUACAGUCCUAAUGUCUUCAUGUGGUACUUUAGCUUAUUAUGAUGCAUAUCACUGUUUACAACAUGUUAGCAUUACAGACAUUAAUGAACCAGAUGAUAUUGCUCAUAGCAUUAACCAAGUUCUAUAGAACAAAGCUCUGACAGAAGUAGCGAUUUGUUGAAUCUGUGAUCUUGAGGAAGAGUUUGUCUGUAAUUCCUGAAUAUUUCUUUACAUGUCUGAAUCAAUCAAACGUCUGACCUGAAUCCUGAAGAAGAGCACGAGUUCAGAGUGAAGACUGAGUCUUUCAUCUGUGACACUGCUGGGAACGGAGGAUUCCUCUUCAGUCGAUCUUAAAUAAGUUCUGACAUCAACAAAAAGGACAGAAGCAGCAUUGGCACGGACUUUAUUUCUUUAAGUCAGAACACUAACCAGUCAAUCAUACUGAACCCUAUUCUGGCAUUUUCUGUUCUAUGUCCAACCAGUCAGGAAGUCUGACACCACGGUGUCUCUCCAGCUCAACAUUGCUAACAGAACAUUAUGUAAGCAUCCUAAACUUUCAGAAGCGGUGACUUCGAACCAUGUGUAUCAGUUGGUAGGAUGUUGCAGGCCUUUGCUCUGGACAGUCUGACACUGACUCAAAAUAAAUGACUUGUGAAACUGAAA